AUGGAAAAUAGGUUCACUAAAGUAGGGGAUCAAUAAACUAAUAAAUCUUGUCGCUUAAAUAAGUUUGUAAAUGAUUCAUCAUAUUCAUAAUUCAAUUUUACUACUUAAAAUCCAAUUUUUAUGGAAGGAGAAUUGAUAGAUGCUGGAUCUUUUGGAUAAGUAUACAUGGUAUAGGAUAAUAGGACAGGCAAAAUUUAUGCAGUAAAGAAAAUUAAUUUGAAAAGAGACUUUGAUUAGGAAGAUUUGUAAGGUAAGAAAUGUGAAAUUGAUAUAUUGAAGAAAAUAAAUCAUAAGAAUAUAAUAAGAUAUGUUUGGAAUCAAGAGAGCGAAGAUUGUAAGUUCUUAUUACCUGA